AUGACUAAAUCUGAAAAUUAGGAAGCUUAAGCUAAAUCAAGUAGAAAGUACCAGAAAAUUAAUAAGGAAGAAAGAAGAUUAGUGUUAAAGCUUCUUUUACAUGACAAGCUCUCUUUACAAGAGGUAUCAAAUUAAUACCAAAUUUAUGAUUAUGUCUAACCAUUAUAUAUGAUAUCUUCGAAUAGGCUGUAGCUAAAAUACUGUACUGUACGAACAAUAUAAAAGGCGUAUGAGAAAGAGGGUAGGAUAGGUAAGAAAGAGACUAGAAAGAAGAAGCUCAAGGUGGAGAAUAUCUUGAAGAUUUCAAUUAUUAAUCCUCUCACUUUCUAACUCUCUGAGCCUAUUGUAUCAUCGGAAGUUAGUCAGAUAUAUAUUGACAAACAACCCUCUAAGGAAGACUAAGCUAAUUUGCUCUAAGAAUAGCGUUCUCUUCUUCAAUAGCAUUGUUAAAAACUAUUUUCUGCAUUAUCAUAAUAAUAAUAGAAGGCUGCAGAAACCUAGAAUCCAUUUUAUUACACAACUAUUUAAAAUUUAUUUUUGGCAUCACAACUAAUAUUCAAGCAACUCCUCGAAGUUAAAUAGUAAAUCCACGUAAAACAAGAAUAUGAACCUGUGUCUCCAACUCCUACAUAAUACCCUCUUCAAAUUCAACAACAUAUUUACUAACCAACAUAUACCAUGAUGUUGCCACGAGUUAAUUCUUGA